CUCUACAGAAGACAACUGGGUACACUUUGAGUGUGAGAUUUCCCACUGACAUUCAAAGAUGAAUGUUGUUACAGCAACUCUGCUUCUUCUGUUGAUGACUGCACUGAUUGCCAAUGGUGUCCCAAUGAACACGAGCCAGCGUUGUCUUUGUAAGGGGAAGCUUAGAGAUAGAGUGAGGUGUACCAAUAUUUCUGGGGUGCGUGUGGUGCCUGCCAGUUCGUCCUGUGAUAACAAAGAGAUUGUUGUGAAGUUGAAGAAGGGAAGAAGAGUGUGCCUAAACCCUGCAUCAAGACAGGGCAAAGCAAUCCAGUCAUCAAACUCCCACCCCUCUCAAUGGAUUUCUGUGCAAUGUAAAAGCUGAUGUGAUUUCUUUCAUAUCAUAAUUUCACAUUUGUAUUUAUUUAUUAUGUAUCUAUUUGCUAUGAUUGUACAUCUCAAUACACCUCAAUACAUAUUGACACUCCUUUCUCAGUGUGUUUGUGUCUGUGUGCAUGGGAAGUGAAACCAGUCGAUAGGCUGGCCAAAGCAAAGAUUAAAACCAAAGCAAAACUAUAUGGGACAAUAACACUUGGUGAAAGGGUAAUGACUUGGAUCACAUGAAACCACAUGCCUGGGUGACAAUGGGACAUGUUUCUUCAGUUUUCUUUUCCCACGAAGAUGGCAUUUGGGCACAAAAACAGCAUUUGUGCCAACACAAAGCAAAAUGGAGAAUGGAGGCAGAAGAAAGAGAUGAGGGG